UUGGCUCUGUGACCUUGGGAAGGUCAUUUCACCUCUCUGAACCUGUUUCCUCCUGUAAAAAAAAAACGGAGUGACCACUGACACCAUUAAGUCAUUGUGAGGAUUAACUGAGAUGAUGUUGGCCUACCAUUCAGAGAAGGGGAAACCUCCGGCCUCCUGUUUCCUGAUCGGUUCCUAGGAGGUGCACAGUAUCCAGCUCGUUUUACAGAAAAAGAAACUGAGGCCUAGAAGGGGAACAGGAUAACCCGGGGUGCGGCAGCUGGGGCUAGAACCCGGGCCUGCUGACUCCGUGCCCAAUGCUCCUCCAGCCUCUCGAAACUCGCGUCUCAGCCCCUGCGGCGGGCGUCAUGGCCGUGGACGUGGCAGAAUACCACCUGAGCGUCAUCAAGAGCCCCCCGGACUGGGAAGUGGGUGUCUAUGCUGCCGGGGCCCUGGCACUGCUGGGAAUUGCAGCUGUGAGCCUGUGGAAGCUCUGGACGUCGGGGAGCUUCCCCAGCCCCUCCCCGUUCCCAAACUACGACUACAGGUACCUUCAGCAGAAGUAUGGUGAGAACUACGCAGAGGCCCGGCAGAAGAGAGUGCCUGCCUGGAAUGCCCAGCGGACCAGCACUAGGGGGCCACCCAGUCGCAAAGGCAGCCUCGGCAUUGAGGACACCUUUGAGAGCAUCAGCGAGCUGGGACCCCUGGAGCUGAUGGGCCGUGAGCUGGACCUGGCCCCCUACGGGGCCCUCCGAAAAUCCCAGUCAGCCGACUCCCUGAACUCCAUCUCCUCUGUGAGCAACACCUUCGGGCAGGACUUCACGCUGGGCCAGGUGGAGGUGAGCAUGGACUACGAUGCCGCCUCCCACACCCUCCACGUGGCUGUGCUGCAGGGCAAGGACCUCCUGGAGCGGGAGGAAGCCAGCUUCGAGUCCUGCUUCAUGCGCGUCAGCCUGCUGCCGGACGAACAGAUCGUGGGCAUUUCCCGGAUCCAGAGGAACGCCUACUCCAUCUUCUUCGACGAGAAGUUCUCCAUCCCCCUGGACCCUGCAGCCCUGGAGGAGAAGAGCCUGCGGUUUUCCGUGUUUGGCAUUGAUGAAGAUGAGCGGAAUGUGAGCACAGGGGUGGUGGAGCUGAAGCUUUCCGUGCUUGACCUCCCGCUGCAGCCCUUCGGCGGCUGGCUCUACCUACAGGACCAGAACAAGGCCGCCGACGCUGUGGGCGAGAUCCUGCUGUCCCUCAGCUACCUCCCGACGGCCGAGCGCCUUACAGUGGUCGUGGUGAAAGCCAAGAAUCUCAUCUGGACCAACGACAAGACCACAGCGGACCCUUUCGUCAAGGUGUACCUGCUGCAGGAUGGGAGGAAGAUGAGCAAAAAGAAGACGGCUGUGAAGAGGGACGACCCUAACCCAGUGUUCAAUGAAGCCAUGAUCUUCUCAGUGCCAGCCAUUGUGCUCCAGGACCUGUCUCUCCGUGUGACGGUAGCUGAGAGCAGCAGUGAUGGCCGUGGGGACAACGUGGGCCACGUCAUCAUCGGGCCGUCGGCCAGUGGCAUGGGCACCACGCACUGGAACCAGAUGCUGGCCACGCUGCGCAGGCCCGUGUCCAUGUGGCACCCUGUCCGGCGAAACUAGCAGCCAGGGCAGGGCCCGGGUGGGCACCGGAGCCCGGCAUGAACUCAGCUCCAACAUCCUUCUCUGUAGUCUGGCUGGAACCGUGAACGCUGGGGUCCCCCGGUGGAGUCCCCAAGAGCCAUCUUGGUCCCUCUAUCCAGGCUGCGGUGGAGGAACAGGCCCGGCUGGAUGUCUAGGGACCCAGGGUUGUCUCCCACUGAGGACCAGCCGUGGCCUGGCCAGGGCCCGGGGAGGGCAGCCAGGCAUUGGCCCACUGUGCUCCCAUUUUGAGCUCCCCAACAGGCCUGUCCCUUGGCCUUGGGGGGGCCUUGGCCUCUCAGAGCUCCCCACAUCCCAUCCCUGCUGGGAGACCAUGCACAAGGACCAUGAGUCUUGGAGGCCAGGCGCUGUGCAAGGCACAGGCUGGGGUGACACGAACAAGGCACAGCCCCUAGGAGUCGGGAAGACAAGAUCCCCUUGCCCUGGUGAUCUGCUCUUGGCGGAUGGCGGCCCCUCCACGUAGACCUGGGGAGGGCUCUGGGGCUGGGGAGCUGGGGGACAAGAUGGGAGCUAUGCUGUGAGGGGCAGGGAAAGAACUGAGUGUCCCAGGCCAGUGGCCCGUCCGCAGCAUGGCAGGGUAAGAACACCCCCGUCACAAACACAGUUCUCACCCUACUGCCGUGGAUACAACGGCCUCUCUCUGGGCAGGAGGAGAGACCGAGGGACCAGGCCAAUCAGUGGCCCGCAGGCCACCUGGGACGCUGGGUCAUCCUCUAUGAAAUACAACUGUCACCCUUAUAAGGCCCAGGGGUCCAAAGAGCCCCAGACCCAGGUCCUUGUGUUCAGGCAUUGGCUCCACGGCGUUUGUUGGUGUCCCUCCAGGCCAGGCCCUGCGGGGAAGAGAGAUGCCUCAGCCUUUGGGGGGCUGGUGGGCAAUGGGGCGGCAGAAUACAGACUGCCGAGGGGCAUGGGAGAGGCCUCUGUGGGCAGCAGGCACCUGGGAGGACACAGUGGAGUAGGAAGCCUUGGGCUGGGCCUUGCAGGAAGGGGCGGCCUGAGCGGUGACGGUGAGGGGAAGUUGAGGGGGUCAGGAUGGAGUGGGGGGGGCAGGCUUGAAUGCUAGGGGAGGAGGUGGCUCUGGAGCCUGGUUCAGACCCCCAGGACACCAGCUGCCCAAGGCUGAUUCCAGAAGCAGACCCUGAGAUUCGCAGGCAAGGGGUUUAUUGGGGGAGAGCCCUCAGGAGAAACCUGUAAGGCAGAGAGGGAGCUUUGGGGCAAGCGAAGAAGCCGGCAGGUUGUGGCUUCAGCGGGGUCCCAACGGUGAGGGCUUGUGCGAAUGACACCCCAGAGGAGUCCUGCCCAGAAGCCAAGGGCUAGGCUGUUACACACCCACAGGAGUCUUGGAGGGAAGGCGUGCAUGGCCUUCUAGGUGUCACUGAGGCAGCUCCAAGCCGCUGAAGGCAGCCCCAGAGAAGCAGGCAGCUGUGCACCCCUUGUAGCUGAGGGGUGGGGGCCCCGCCGGGUUACAGGGAUGGGAGGUGGGGAGGUGAGAGGUGGGUCCUCAGGCUGGCUGCCUCUGGACCUGGUGGGCUACGGAGGCCCAGGCCCAACCAGUAACCCCCAGUGAUGUUGGGGAGCCCAGGGUGGUCACGGGACCGGAGGCAGCGUGGUGGCUCUCCCCACCUGACACAGCUGUGGCCCGGUCCCGAGGCCAGGCUGUCCACCGUGUGGCCAGCACCAGGAGGUCUGCACGGCCCAGGCCAGCCCAGGGCCCGGGGACACGCAGCUGGCGGGCCCCUGCCGCCUGGGAGAGCCCCCGCUCUUCCACCCCAGUGGCUCUGCUGUGCAGGCCAUUUACUCGCCUGCCUUCUCUUCCCCUUCCAUUCCUCCCUCUAAAUGCAUGAAAUGCUGACUGUGCACCCGAAUGGGCGUGGUGGGGACCGAGUAUGCCGACUGGAAUAAUUCUAGAACCAAAAUAAAGCUGGGGCAGGAGGGAGGGGGCUUCCGGGGAGCCCUGCUCGCCCCAAAUCACCUUUGUCUCCAGAAAUCAGGGCCUCGGGCCUCCGGGUUGCUGUGAGCACGCCUUCCCCUGCUGCUGGGCACCCGGAGGAGCAGGAGGGCCCUGUCUGGUUGGGGAGACCAUCACAAGGACCAGUGCCAUGAGGCUGCUGGGGAAGCUCUGAGAAGCGGCCCCGAGCCAGCCUGGCAGGGAGAAUGCAGAAGGGAAUAUCAAGGAAGGCUGCCCAGUGGUGUCGCUGAGCUGUCUUCAGGGCAAGAGGGAUAAGGCCAGAAAAGGGGGGUAAGACCAAAAAAGCCUUCCUGGUUGUGGGAACAGCAUGUAGAAAAGGGCAGGAGUGGACAAAAAUUUGGCCAGUGCAUCAACUUUGCUAAAGUUGGGGAGGAUGGGGAGAAGGGAGCCCGGGGAAAGGUGGAGGGGAGACGGGCCGUGUGAGUUCGGUGAGUACUGCUGCCUGGCCUGCAACCCAGCAGACUUAGAGGUAAGUCUGUUGUUGGCUCCUUUUUUGCAGCUGUAGAAACUGAAACUCAGAGAGGCUAGGUAACUAGCCCAAGAUCACACAGCCAGAGCAUCUCAGAGCUGGGAUUUGCGCUCAAGCUGUCUGGCUCCUGAGCUCAUGACUUAACUACUAGACCACAAUGCUGCCUUCCCCAGCUUCUCGACAGUGGGGCUGAGGGGCAGCAGAGAAGCCCCUCUGGAUCCCAGGCUGCUCUGGUUUUCCCCUCCCCUGCUCUGGAAGAUCACAGCAAGCAUGGAAGGAGGAGAAUGAGACAGGUCCUACAGGAGCCCAAGAAGGGUGGAAACCAGGGAAGGCUUCCUGGAGGAGAUGGAGGCACCAGCCUCGCUGGGUGGCGAGGGCUGUGCAGGUGGAGGAGGGAGAGCAGCCUCGAGGCAGGGAAACUGCCUACACAAAGGUGUCACAGGUGUCUGGGGAGCCACGCAGCCAGCUGGAGCUGGAAAGGCCAGGUGGGGCUGAGCUGGGGAAGCUUCAUGUCCAGGGUGAGGCUGAAGGUCCUGGUCCUGCUGGCAGUGAGGCCCUGGGCAGGAGAGGUCAGCGGGAGGGAGGGGGGCAGGGAGGGGGAGCUACUCUAAGCUGCUCUGAAGUGAUGAUGAGGGACGUCAGCGAGGGCUGCUCUUGGUCAGUGAGGAGCUUCCCAGCUGCCUUUAGCAGGGCCCAAACCACGGUACUCCCAUCUCUUCCUGCCUCUUCCUCCCCUGCCACCCCACUCUUCUCCCCGCUCCUCCAGCCCCAGGCCCGUGGGCCUGCUUCAAGGGUCCCAAGCCCCCUCUGUGUGGGAGCCCUCAGGAGUAGCCGAGUCCCACCCAAGAGGACAGGUAUGGAGGUCCCUGUCCUGACAGCGGCAGUGGUGGUCCAGGCCUGCGUGUGGGAGGAGCAGGAUGAGCCACAGCAGCAUCCAGAGGCGACAGCAGCUCGAAGCUUCACUUCCUCUCUCCUGCCUUGUCUAUGCCUGCAGACACCUGAAGGGACAGACCAAAAAACUAAAUGAACGCUCAGACUGGGCCACGGGGCUCCCUCACUCUCCACCCCAUUAUCAACCUUCCCAUCCCACCCAGAAGGGUCAACAAUGGCGAGGCAGGGACAAGUGGCCUGCGGCCCCAGCCCUGAGCUCCAGUUAAAUGGCAGCCAGAGCUGGGUUGGUCUGGAGAGGCCAGACAGAAGGGAACUUGGGAGAAGAAGCCCUUCUGUGUUCCACCUGCCAUAGGCUGGGUCAGCUGCUUACUUGCUGUGUGACAAUUCCUUCCCUUCAAGAGCCUGUUUCCCCAUCUGAAGAAUGAGUGUAUUAGUCAAGAAGGCCUCUAAAAGCACCCACACCCCCACUUAUCAGCUGUGGGAUCUUGGGCAAAUUAUCUAUCCCCUUUGUGCCUCAGUUUCCUCAUUUGUCAGAGGAGGAUAAGAAUUAUACAUACUUCACAG